AUGAGUCGCCCGGCUAGCAUACCAUCACACUCAGGUCCUCCGCCCUCAUACAACUCGUACCCGACGCAUCAUGCUUCAGCAUCUCGACCCGAAAUCGUUGCGCCUGGCCAUCAGGUUCGUCCCUCAGAAGCCAGUAGCAACCAAAAACUACCCAGUCUUCGUACGCUCUUGGAGCCAGAGCUACUCGACAAGAAGGCUUCCGAUCCGCCACCGAGCGCGGCGGGCGCUCAGCUCUCGCAUCCACAUGGCGGGAGAUACGGGUCUUCCAGUCCGACAUUGAAACGGCGGCAUGAGUACGACAGCCAUUUCCAUGGUUACCCAGAGCAUAAUUCUCUACCCUCUCAGCCACCCUAUCACCAUCGUCAACCCUUCACAGCCGCAAAUGCUACUCCAUCCACCGCUUCAUCGACAUCCAGCUCUGGCUUCGGCGUCAGCCGCGGAGAGCUUCACUGCCGCGAAAGUUUUGUCCACCCUUCGCCACAUGAUCUGACUGGCAACGGACGUCGACAGCCCUCAUUAGUGUCUGAUUCUGCGGGCGCAGUCGUGGCCCAGGCAGCCCAGCAAGAACUAGGCUUCGAUCCGAGUAGGCCUGUUAGAAUGCGACGAUUAGACGGUUCUUCACGCGCACCGAUACAAGCCUCGCGAUGCGUUGGCCAGCGCGACAUACCGGGUGAAGGGCUUUGCUAUGUCUACGAGGAUGGCACUUACUGCCGAGCCAUCAUAGAUGGCGAGGCAGUCAACCCCUCGUGGGGCAUCACAAAGGCUGGGAAGCCUCGUAAGCGACUUGCACAAGCUUGCUUGACUUGCCGAGAAAAGAAGAUCAAGUGCGAACCCGGAUAUCCCAAAUGCCACCAAUGCGCCAAAUCCCAAAGGGUAUGCAGAGGUGGUAUCAAUCAGAGCAAUACGUCUGGCGAUAUUUCUCCGUCGAGCUCCGCUCCGCUAUAUAAGCACCCGUCAUCUGAACUGCUCAGCCCUGCAGUAGGUUCAGACAGAACAAAAACUCUGGGAGAACUACGAGAUCAAUCAAAACCUUUUGACGCUUGGAACACCGGAACGCCUUACAGACCAAGGAAAAUUCGAUCAACCACGAUUGCGAACAAGAGAGACAUGUCGGUGCAUUCCUUCGACUCUGAUUGGAGUGGCUCCGCAAACGACCAGCAUAUGGAGGACCCUGGACGCGGCUCGUACUCUGACCAGCUUGCGCUGCAAUGGGAACAAGACCCUUUCGAAACCGACCCGAGGCUUACAAUGGAUCUGGUGGAACUCUAUUUUCUCCAUGCUGGCCGUGCAACGUACAGCAUGUUUCCACGCCGGCCCUUUAUGAGGUGGGUGGAAACAAACCGUGACAAGAAUCAAGACCACCUGAUGCUCCUCUAUUCUAUCCUGGCAAUGGGCUCCAUUUUCGCAACAGAUCCGGAGAGACGAGCGCUGGGCAAAAGAUUCGCUUCGGUUGCGUCCUAUGCGGCAGAAAAGCGCUUCGGAAAAUUUACCUUGCAGCUGUGUCAGACUCGGCUGUUGCUCGCGCUUCAUUUAUUCGCCAAAGGCAAAUCACAGGAAGCCUGGGACUACUGUGGCGCCGCUCUACGCGCCGUCAGUGCCUUGAAACUAAAUGCCGAAGACGGUGUCCAAGACCUUGCUGACAACAAUGUCAAUAUGGAUUACGGGUUCGACCGUCGGACGUUUGAAGAAUGCUGCCGUCGUACCUUUUGGUCUGGACUGCUGAUGGAUGUAAGUUGCGACAUCAUCAAGGACCCUACACCCGUUGAAUUGACCCCCCAACAGCGAUACAACGGCUUCAUCGGGGGAACCUUUUUCGUCCUUAAUCCGGAGGAUGCUUUUGUCCGGCUUCCAUGCCCGGAUAGCAUGUAUGAGACCUCGACUCCAUGCGAUGCCCCGUUCUUUGACGAGGAGCUUCUGAGCAACCGAGCGGCACCCAACCCCGCUAUGGGUCACAUGGCCCACUUGUGUGUGGUCUCAACACUGUGGGGAGAGGUACUGACCUUUACUGGUCGAGCUGCGCGGCGACCCGACACUGGAUAUGAACGACAUUAUGAAACGUUUUAUGCAAAAAUCUACGAGAAGUUGGACGCUUGGCACGCCCUGUUGCCCGAAAAACUGCGUUAUACCCCCCAAAACCUCGACGCAAGUAUCAUUGAAGGAUAUGCAGGCACCUUCAUAUCGAUCCAUGCUCUGUACUCGGCAGCUGUUAUUCGACUGAAUCGCCACGUCCGCGUGCACGCAUUGCCGACAGAAAAAAUAUGCCGAAACCUAAAACAGGCCCUCGGCAUGGCAUCCAGCUUUCUCUCCAUGAUGCACACGCUCGCCCUGGUAAAUCGUCAGCAGCGUCUUCCGGCUUCCGUUGCAUCAGAGUUCAUGUUUUCGACUCCAUUCCCCGGCUAUGCGCUUAUGCUGUCGGUUGACGUGCUCACGUCUGCCGGCCUUAUCUCCGCACUGCCCAAUUUGAUCGAGACACUGAGUACUACUGUUUCGUGCAUCGAUGAGUUGGCAAGCUUUUGGGCAUCGGCAAAGACGCAACAGAAAACAGUGUCGCAUCGUGUCAAGCAACUAACGGAAAUUGCUGCGCAGGAUGGACAAAAUGUCAGGAGUGGCAACUACGGCAACUUCUGGAGGAUGAACAACAGUCUGCAGACAUCUUUUGGAAGCGAUGAUUUGUUGUACAAGGCCGAGGAACAGUUAUUGUUUGGCGUUGUUGGUCAGCUUGCGAGUUAA